AUGUCACCCCCACGAGAGUCCACGUUGGAAUGGUAUAAAGAGUGUAUCAUUUGGGCCAAGAGAGAAUCCCCAUCACCAUCGCCUCUUCGGAUCACUCUUUGGUACACAAUGACCAUUUCGGCCAACCUCGACAACGGCGAGAAGUUUGACGUCGUCCAGACCGAGUAUGUCAAGGAUGUCAACGACUCGUCAGCCAACUCGGACGACGGCGACCUUGAGACUCAGGAUGUCAACAUCGCAAAGUUGAUCCGCAAGGUCGACUACCACCUUGUCCCGUGGCUUGCCCUCCUCUACCUCCUCUCGUUCCUUGACCGUUCCAACAUUGGUAACGCCAACCUCUUCGGCCUUUCAAAGCACCUCCACCUCACCUCAAGUCAGUACUCGCUCUGCCUGGCCAUCUUUUUCAUCUUUUACGUCAUUUUCGAGGUUCCCUCCAACAUGGUCAUGAAGGCAUGGCGCCCUUCCAUGUGGCUCCCGAUCAUUAUGCUUGCCUGGGGCGUCGUCAUGGUCGGCAUGGGCUUCGUUCAGGAUUUCCACUCUCUUCUCGUCACUCGCCUCUUCCUCGGUAUCACAGAGGCCGGCCUGUUCCCCGGCGUCUCCUACUACCUCACUCAGUGGUACCGGCGCUACGAAAUCAGCUGGCGAAUUGCUCUCUUCUUCUCCGCUGCGACCGCUGCGGGAGCAUUCGGUGGGCUUCUCGCGAGGCUCAUCAACUUGAUGGACGGCAUCCAAGGUCUGGAAGGAUGGCGCUGGAUCUUCAUCCUAGAGGGCAUCCUCACCGUCGUCGUGGCGUCGGCCUCCUUCUUUGUCAUGUACGACUACCCUUGCACUGCCAAGUUCCUCACCACUACCGAGCGCAAGGUCCUUCAGGAGCGCCUUCACCUCGACCGCGAUGGCUGUAGCCAGGAGUUCAAGGCUCGGUUUAUUUUGGACGCCUUCCUUGACUGGAAGGUCUGGUGUUCGGCGAUCAUGUUCCACGGCUCGCUCUGCCCCGUCUACACCUUCUCCCUCUUCUCACCCACCCUUACUGCCAACCUCGGCUACAGCGCAGCCAAGGCUCAGCUCAUGAGUGUCCCUCCUUAUGUCGCUGCCGCUAUCGUUACCAUUACCGCCGGCUGGCUGUCCGACAAGAUUCAGCGCCGUGGUGUAGUGGUCAUCGGCUGUUCGCUCAUCGGUUCCCUUGGCUACAUUCUCCUCCUCGCCAACGUCUCGUCGGGUGUCAACUACUUUGGCCUCUUCCUCGCCGCCUCGGGCAUGUACCCUCUUAUUCCCGUUAUUGUCGCUUGGGGAAGCAACAACUGCGGCGGAUCGCUCAAGAAGUCGGUCGGCACCGCCAUCAUUGUCUCUGUCGGUAACCUGGGUGGCGUGGCCUCUGCCUUCAUCUAUCCCAAGGAGGACGCCCCGCUUUACCGCAAGGGUCACGCUGUCUGCCUCGCCUACUGCAUUAUUUGCAUUAUGACCGCCCUUGUCCUCUGGUGGUACUGCGAGCGCACCAACCGCAAGAGGGAGGCGGCCAACGCCGCUCGUGGUCACAGCUGGACAGCCGAGGAGAAGAAGGAGCUCGAGGAUGAGGGUGACAACAACCCUUGGUUCGUCUACGUUAUCUAA